CUAAUACCCAUCUUCAUUUAUUUUCUUAAAUAUUUUCACCUCUUUUUCUCUCAGUCGUCUUCUACUUACAUUUCUCUCAAAAUCGUUCAUUUUUCAAGAUAGCCAUCACAUUCCCUUCUCAAUUAAAACACUCUCUCUUCUUUGUUUUGCUUUGCAGAAUUAUUUUUAGUACUUUUUCUUUAUUUUUUUCUCAAUUAAUGAUUUUUUUGCUUCCAUGUCAAUUUUCAAUUUCUGCUACCGUAUUGUCCCCUGCCUUGCCGAUCCAGCAAGGAGAUCUUCAUUGGGGUUGAAAGCAGCAUUAGUGGUGUUGCAUAUUGUAUAUGCAGGGACUCUCUUUCUUUUUUAUAGUGAUUUGAUAGAGAAAACCAAAGAAGAGCCAUGGUACACUGCAAUAUAUCUGUUGCUGUUUGUUGCAGCAUUGAUUCAAUACUUUGUUACAUCGUGUUCUUCUCCCGGCUAUGUCCUUGAUGCAAUGAGGGAUCUGAAUGAGAAAAAUUCAUUAUAUAGAAGGUCAUCAAUGUUGUCAAAACAGCCUGCUUCAAGCAAAAGUGGAAGCUUUGUUAUCACUGUGGAAGGAAGUCAGUCUGAAAGAAAUAUUCCAGGAAGUAAUGUUACAUCGUGGACAAAGCUAGUUCUAGACAUGUAUCCCCCUGGAACAUCUAUUAGAACUUUGACAUGUUCAUAUUGUAACGUUGAACAGGAAAAUUGUCAGAGAUCAUGCGAACCUCCACGAGCAAAGCAUUGCCAUGAUUGUGACAAAUGUGUUCUUCAGUUCGACCAUCAUUGUGUUUGGCUUGGGACAUGCAUUGGCCGGGGAAAUCAUUGUCGAUUUUGGUGGUACAUUUUUGAAGAAACAGCGCUAUGCCUUUGGACUGGCAUCUUGUACAUCACAUGCUUGAAGGCUAACAUCUCAAGAGUUUGGUGGAAGGAUGCAAUUAUGAUCCUGCUAUUGGUUACUUUGUCAAUUGCCUUGAUUUUUCUCCUGCUGCUCCUCAUUUUCCAUAGCUAUCUUAUUCUGACAUAUCAAACUACCUAUGAACUCGUAAGACGUAGACGCAUUCCAUAUCUAAGAGGAAUUCCUGAACGAGUGUAUCCAUUCAGUAAAGGAGUCUGCAGAAAUUUAUAUGACUUUUGUUUUGCUCGAAGCAGCAUAUAUAGUUUGGAAAGAUUACCCACAGCAAUGGAACUUGAAGAAAAGUCAAGGCCUUACACAUGCUUAGAUUUUUUGACGGGCCGUUGUUGCUGAGGUUGUAAGGGCAUAUUGUAACAUUAAUGACAACAACUUCUAUCCCCAAAUUUGUUCUCUGAUAUCCAUGUGAAUGUGUGUGCCUGUGCAUCCAGUUGUUUUAGCUACAGCAUAUGGCAGUGCAGAUGGUUAAGUUGGAGCUUGUUGUGGGCUUUUAGAUUUUUGUAGUCAGUAGAAACUGGUUCUGUUGUUUUUUCUGCUUGGAAAAUUUCAGAAUGUUUUGUGUACGGAUUUUUCAUGCCCAGAUGAAAUCUAAGAUUUAUCUUUUUGCGAA